UUCUCAGAUUCAGCGCUCAGUCCGGCCAGCAGCUCCAUUAGAGCGGACUGUACCGAUGAGGUGCGCUCCUGGCAACACGGCGGCCUGAAUCCCCAACCCCCCAGUCUGAAAUAGCAUUAUUUUGAAUAAAUCCGUCAACCUUACAACCAUGGCGGCUGAAGCAGAUAAAGUGGAACCGGCUGAAAGCGAGCAAGACGAAGAAGAAGAUGUAUAUGAAGUGGAAAGGAUCAUUGACAUGCGGGUGGAAGAGGGUGAAGUGCUUUACAGAGUUCGCUGGAAGAAUUACUGCUCAGAUGAUGACACCUGGGAGCCUGAAGCCCAUUUAGAGGACUGCCAUGAGGUUCUGUUGGCUUUUAAGAGGCAUCAAGCCGAGCUGAAGUCCAAGAAGGAACCAGAACCCAAGAAAAUCGUGCAGAAACUUUUGCCUACAAAGAGCGACGUCUUCGACGCCGACUUGGAGAGCGACAGCGAUACAGAUCGUCCUGCAGAGGCCCCCGUCAAGAAGAAGAAGAAAAAGAAAAAGAUCAGGGAAGAAGAUGAUGAUGAACCCCUUCCAAAGGAGAAGAAGAAGAAAAAGAAAGAAAAACGUAAAGAUGACUUAAAGCCGCUUCCUGCACCAGAAACGGACGAUGAUGAAGAAGCAGCCCCGCCUUCGCCUCCAAAAGAGAAAAAGGCUGAAGCAAAAAAGCGCUUCGUGGACUCUGAUGACGAAGACGAGCCGAUUGUCUCUAAGAAACAAAAGAAAGAAAAGCCAAAGGAGGGAGGGAAGCAUAAGAAAGACAAAGGAGAAGAGGAGAAGAAGAAAAAGGUGAAGAAGCAGAGGAAAAUGGAAACCUCUGAGGAUGAGGAAACUGCUCCCAUGGAGGAGGAUCUGAGCGAAGGCCCGUCUGAGUCACAGAUGGAUGAUUCUGCAUCAGCAGAGACUGUUACUAAGCCAGCGGAGAAGUCUAGUGUGGAAGAUAAGGUCAAGCAAAAGAAGGGCAAGUGGGAGGUGAAGCUGCAGGGCAUCAUUUUCGACAAAAAGAUUAAGAAGCCAGAAGGCAACCAGAAAGAAAGCAGCCUCCCAAAACCUAAGAGUCAGAGUUCCAAAAGCAAGGAGGACUCUGCUCUCCAGUCAGACUCAAGCGACAGCUCCACGCUGAUCAAAAAACCUAAGAGCAAGUCAACCGAUGGCACCCCCCCAACACAGAAAGCUCCCUCUUCCUCCACAUCCUCUUCGUCAUCGUCUUCCUCCUCCACCGCGGUGGCUACCAAUAAGGCGAAGGAGGAGGAGGGCAAUAAAGAGGAGGCAUUGGGACAGAAAGACGCCAGCGGCUCGACUAAUCUGUUUGAAAAGUUCCUGUUGAACUGCGAGGCCAAGGACCGGGCCCCUCGGAGGCCCCCAGCAGUCGCAGAGAAAAGCAGCAGCAAACCCACAAAGCUGAUAGGAAAGAUUGAGAAGAUCUCCAAGCCAGCCAAAGAGUCUCCGUCUCAGAAACCAGAGCUGGAGAAGACUGAGAGGACGAAGCAAUCAUACGUCCCCAAACCAAGCCAGAGUUAUGGCUUCAGCCUGGACAGCGAUGAGAGGGAAGAUGAAUCCACAGGAAAAGCCCGACCUGCAGAUGAUUCCAGAGAGCGAAAGGAGAAGGUCGAGGAAGCACAGCGUCCGUCCUGGGAGAGGAGAACCUCAGCUGAUGACCGGAGGAAGAGGAGGGAGGACAGUGAGCCCCGACUCUUCAUAUCGUGCGACGAGAACCAGGAACCACCAGAGGGCAAUGACAAAUCUGAGAAGGGCCAGGCCACUUUGAGUCUAGGAAUGGAUCUGAACCUCGACUGGAUGACUCUGGAUAACUUUCAGAAACAUUUGAAUGGAGAAGAUGAGAUCCUAUCGGGUCCACCGUUAUCACCCAGUGAACUGCGAGAUGCUGUGAAAAGUGGAGAUUACAUGGCUGUUAAAUUAGCACUAAAUUCCAAGGAGGACUACAAUCUGGAACAAGAGGCAAGUACAAUUGAUGAGACGAGAUCAUAUGAAGGAGAGAGGAACUUAAAUGAAGAGCGAAAUUCCUGUGGCACUAAAAGGCUCACUUCUAUUAAUGAAACUAAAAGAAAAGAGGGCAUUCCAGCAGCAGCAAAGGGAAAUAACCCUCAAGAAACUGAUGCUCCACAGAAUGACAAAGUUUGCAGCUCCCAAACUAGAAAAAACGAUAAGAGAGUAGCUGUGAAGAGGCGUAAAAAGAGAAUGCGGUUUGGGGGCAAAAAAAAUGGAUCGGCAAGGAGAUUUUGUAAUCUAUCAUCGGUCAGACAGAAAAUUCAAGGAGAGGAGGAGAAGACCUCACCUGAGCCGAAUGAUGCUUUAUCAACCCAAAAGACUUUGAACGUUGUUAAAUUAGAUACAAACAAACACACAGAAGAGAUGGUAAAGCAGGUAAAAGAUGGAACUGAACAAAAGCACAAAACUAACAAAAUCAAAACUGCUAACCAAGGAAAUGACCCAGGUGAGAAGAUGGAUGAUUCAAUGUUGGAAAACCCUGACGGUUUGGAUCAAGUUCACCAAAAGUCAGACACAGAUGAGUUGAUUGAAAUGCGAUGUCUCAGAAGAAGAAAACCUGCUGUGAUCACAUUACCAACAAGAUCGAGUCUGAGAACCCGCAAAAAAGUCCUGGAGACAAAACCUAUCAACAAGGUUAAGGAAAAAAAGGAAUCUUACAAGAAGCACUUAUGUGUACAUUGCAAAUGUUAUUUUACUCAAAUUGCAAGGCAUUUGGAAAACAAACAUGCUGAUGAACCAGAUGUUGCCCAUGCUAUGCACUUUCCAAAAGGUUCCAAGGUAAGGCAGACCUUGCUGGACCAGAUUCGUGAAAAAGGAAAUGAGAAUAAUUGUGACGCUACUAAAAGUGGGGAGGAAGAAAUUGUGACUAAGAACCAGUCGAAGAAACCAGCCACGUCUGUGCGUGACUUCUUGCCCUGCAAGCAUUGCUUUGCCUUUUAUCGCAAAAGUGAUCUUUGGAGACAUGAGAGGACAUGUAACACUAGAAAAGACCAGAAGUUCGCAGAAAAUACCAAAAGAUUAACAGGGUGCAGUCCUGUCUCAGAUAUGCUUCCAAUGUCUGAGUUUUUAACUGGCAGCUGCAAGGAAAUCAUUCAAAUCAUGCAUCAAGAUGAAAUUUCAAGGCAUAUUCAGUUAGACCCACUUAUUUGUAAAUACGGUAACACACUGUCUGCGAAGUAUGACCAUGACAAGUCUCAGUUUGCCUAUAUUGGACAAAAGAUGAGAGAGCUGGGUAGGUUUGUCCUUGCUGUGAACGAGCUUGACAAGACAGUGAAGUACCUGCAUGAAAUAUGUCUACCAUCUAGGUUUGAAUUGGCUGUUGAAGGAGUCAAAAAAGUCGGUGGUUUUAACCCAGCUUCCAGCAAGUUUAAAACAGUUUCCCUCGUCUCAAAGAUUGGCUACUCUUUAAAACGUGCAGCAGAAAUAGCAUUUGGAGAAAGUCGAAUGGCGGAAGACAGUGAGAAGGAAAGCGAACUGAAAAAAUUCAUUGAACUACUCGAUACAGAAUGGAAUAAGUGUUUUUCUCACAAAGCACUUUCCGGCUCGAUAAAACAAGAACCCAAAAAAGUGGAUGUAGACAAAUCAUCAGUCAUUGAAGAUUUGAUGAAGCUCCACAGAUUUAUUACUGGUGAAGAGGAAGAAGCAAGGAAGGAGUUAAAAGAAAAUGCCAGCUUGUCAACGUGGAAGAAGCUAGGUGAAGCCACGUUGGCAAACGUAUGUCUUUUCAACAGAGGAAGAGUGGGGAAUAUUGGAAGGCUUCUCCUGAAAACGUACACUCAAAGAACGAGCGGGGGAACAUGUACGCUCUCUGCAGAUCAAGUUAGAAAAAGCACAAAACUUGAGAUGGAACUUAGUUCCAGUUUUACAAGACUGGAACUUGAAGGUCAAUAUGGAAGGAACAUGCUGGUUCUGUUGACAGACAGAAUGGUUUCGUCAAUUGACUUGCUUAUUCAGAACAGAGAGAAAGCAGGUGUCUCAAAGACAAAUCCCUACCUGUUUGCAAGGAGUGAAGGGCCCUCAUUCAUUAGAGGACUGGAUUGUUUUCGAAGGGCUGCAGUGGAGUGUGGAGUUCAAAACCCAGAAGCACUACUGUCCUCGUCUGUAAGAGAACAGAUAGCCACCUGCUGGCAGCUAAUGAGCCUCGGUGAACUAGAACUUGACCAUGUAGCAAAGCUGUUGGGAAGAACCAGCGAAGAAUGUUACGGACUUUCUCAAAAUGCAACCUUGCUGGAGGAAAUCGGCAAGCAACUGUUGAAGGCAGAUAAAACGAGUCGGCCAAGCACCACAAAAGAUGGACCUCGACAGAAGCCGCUUAUCAAAAGAAGACCUUGGAGUGAGAUGGAACAGAUAGCUGUCAAACGCUACCUGAACGAAUUCAUUACGAGGAUGAAGGUUCCCGGCAAAAAAGCUUGCAAUGCCUGCAUAGCUGCUGAGCCAGAUCUUGCGGGAAGAUCUUGGACAGAUGUUAAAAACUACGUACACAACACAUUACAGACGCUACGUAGGAGAAGUAACCAGCAGAGGUCUGAUGGUAAUAAAGACUCGGGGAAUGCAAAAAGCCCAAAAGCUCCAGACCCGACUGAAAAAAUGGAAAUGGAGGAGACAAGUGUUUGUACGAUGACAACAGUGAAUCCAGAUCACUUGCAAGAAAGUAGUUUACAUUGUUGUAUGACAAUGCCACCAGCAACAAAUAUAAGAGAGCCAUCGCCGUUCUCCCAAGACAUGACUGUUGGGUAUUCACCAUUCUGUUCGUCAACUACAAGCAUGGUCCACACAAAUACGCCGUUUACUUCAGAUUUUACACCACUGAAUGCUACUGAUACUCAAGUAGUUCCAACAUUUACUCCACACCACACUACAAAUCCUCUGUCUCCUGUUUACACCUCAGAUAACAACCACAGCCUGUCAAUGUCUUCUUUUUAUGCACAGAAUACUACAAGUAUGUUGCAUUCAUCUCUGUAUACCCCAUUGGAAACUACAAACUCACCACUGAUUCCCUCCUAUACACAUUUUAAUACCCCGCCCACUUCAAUGGUACCUACAUAUACGCAGUUAAAUACUCUAAGUUCUCCAAUGAUUUCUGCAUUCUCCACACUAAAUGACAGGAGUAGGCCUGUCAUGUCUUCGUUUACACCUCUUGACCAUUCAAGUACGCCACCGUACCACAGCAGCCCCCCCAGGAUCCAUGCGACUGCACAGGUUGUUCCUUCGAUUCACGAGUAUGGCGUUUCUGAAAGUGCAUCGGUGGUGCAGGAAAGCCAACCCCUGUCUUCUGCAAAAAAAAAAGCCCCUCUGGGUGGGAAGCCACAAAAAAGAAACAAGCGUUUAUGGAGCGAGGAGGAACAGGCAGCAGUGAGGCGGCAGUUUGGAGACUUUUCUCAGCUGGUGAAGGUGCCGGGGAAAAAAGAAUGCGAUAGAUGUUUAGCUGCCGAACCAGCUCUGAGCACCAGAACCUGGAGGGAAGUGAAAUACUUUGUGCAUAACUCCAUUCAGUCCCUGAAGAGAAGAGGUCACGCAGUGGCCUCAAAACAUGAUAGACCUCCGGAACCAGAGACUCAGACUUCAAGCAGCGAUUGGGAUGGUCCUGUUUAUCUUUCCCUCUAAAUAAGGUUGAAUAGACUUGCACAAAAUGCAAGGACUCUAGAGGUCUUUGGCUUUAAGCACGAUUCGAUUGGAUGGAAAAUAUUUGUGUCGUCUGUUGUUGCCUGUCUACCUUGGUUUCAUCUGGCAUCUUUAUUCUUGCAUUUGCAGACAGUCCUGCCAUACCACUAGCCACUUUUUUUUCCUUAAAAGUUUUUAAAAAACCUAUUCACUGAAGCAAGAUUCUUUUUCUCAUGAAAAGCGGGAAAAGGAUAGAAGGAUUCUUGCCUAUGUAUUUCAUUGUAGCCGGCCGUUAUUCUGAAAAAAUAAAGAAAAGUCGCCGUUAUGCUGAAAAUCAGAUAAAUUGGUUUGACUGACAUCUGGGCUUCCUUGAUACAGAUUUAUCAAUAUAACAGCCAACAGUUAUACAAUUCAGUCCGUGGCGAUAAAUGAAUACAUAUUUAAAAUACAUACAGUAAUGUAAACUAUACAAUCAUUAUCAGAGCCUCCCGUUUUAAAUUUAAGCCUAACUAGAUGUCCAUUGAUCAGGCUGGUGGAGGCCGCACACAUACUUAGGUGUGACUGACAGGUAGAGAUCACGUAUGUUCUGUAUGUUUUCAUACUAAAAUAGUUUGGCCAUUUUGUAACUGAUUAUUGUGCAGCUUUUUGUCACCAAAUAUCUGGAGCUCCUUAAACCCUCAAAUGUUUUUUCACUAUGCUGCUCUUAGUGGAGCAGUCGGAGGGUGAGAGAGUAAG